AUGACUACUCAACGUCGAGAUUAUCAGGCAUGGCCAGGCGUAGCUCCACCAAAACGUCGUGAGCUUCAGCCAUGGGUGAGCACAUCUGGAUCCUUUGAUGGAUCGACUACAACAAAGACCGACUAUGUUGGAUUUCCUCUUCCUCCUCAUUAUGUGCGUCGUCAACAGCCCUAUGUCAAAUCGGAUGUCAAGUUUGAGGGGUUGUCCACACAAACUAAUGAUUUUCAAAAAUGGCCUGUUACUAAUAUUCCUACUCGUCGCAAGGCUGCACCUAGUCCAGUUGUUAGUCAAGAAGACCGGCAAGUUAUUAAUUGGCUUGAUUUUCAAUCCACGACGGCAUCAUCAUAUAUUGAGCAUCAAAUUAAACGUGAAUUGGUUCGAGCACCUCAAACUCGCACCACUGACAGUAAUAAUAAGUUUGAAACAAUCUCAACAACUAAAGAAGCAUUCCAAGUAUGGAAUCUUCCUCCUCGUUAUCAGCGCCAUAAAGCCGAGUAUCAUCCCAGUAGCGCAGGCUUUGAUGGACAAACGACUUACAAGGAUACGUUUUCACCCAAAACUGCAGAACGCUAUAUUCACCCAACACCUACAUAUGUUCCAAACAGUGCCAAGUUUGAAGGAACUAGCACAAACAAGUCAGACUAUCUUCCAACAGGUCAGAUUUUGCGUUGCAAAGACUUUCGUCCAAGGAACGUUUAUGUUGCAAGUGCCGACGAUCGUGAUUUUGUGAGUACGACGCGUGGACAUCAUACACCCAAACCACUUCAUCAUUGUGCUGCAACAGAUUGGGUCAAGGCGGGAGUUGUUAGUAAUCAGGAUGGACAUGUUCGCAUGGUAGCACAAUCCUAA